CACAAGUCUGAUCUGGGGUUUUACACGCUAUUACCGUAACGCGUAGUAUAUGCGCGCACAUCAAAAUAACGUGGCCGCUAGAAGGACUGUGUUGUUCAAAGUGCACAACGGUAACUUCACAAAACUCAGACAGAACAGAAACACUUUAAUCCCAACUGAACAUUAAAUCAUCUUCACUUCUUACACGUGAAAUGAUUAAUGUUAUAAAUAUUUUAUGUAAUGACUCUGCUUCGUCUGCUGGAAUCACAGCGCCUCCUAUUGGAGACAAACAGCGUCACAUGAUUCAAUAAGAGACGCUGCUGAAAGUGAAAGUAACAUUUCAAUACGGACAUUUUGUUGAAGCUCUUUUCUGACAGAAGACAUCUUACAUCGGCCGUUUUGUGAGCAUCUCUUCUCGAUGGAUAAACUGUGAUGGAAAGACCUGCGUCUUUGAAGAAGCAAGAAGAGAACAUGAUGUAUCAGAGCUUUGAGAACACAGUGUUCAGAGGAGAAGCAGAUGAUGCUGAUCUCCAGCUGCUGCUGAUCGGUAAAACCGGAUCCGGGAAAAGCGCCACAGGAAACCUCAUCUUUAAUGAUCGGGUGUUUGAGUCAGAAAAGAGCUCUUCAUCAGUGACCAGAGUCUGUAAAUCACACACUGGAUCUGUUCAUAACAGGAGCGUGACAGUGAUCGAUACUCCAGACUUCAGAUUCUCCACUCACACUGACUUUGAUUCAGACUCGGAGCUGAAGAGAGCUCUUGAAUUAUGUUCAGCAGGAGCUCAUGUCAUCCUGCUCUUUCUGCCUUUAAGCACUUUCACUGAGCAGGAGAUGGAGUUCAUCAGCUGGUUUGAGCAGAAGUUUGGAGCAGAAGCUCUCAGAUUUACUCUAGUGCUCUUCACUCACGCAGAUCAGAGACACAUGAGAUCACUAGGAGAGAUGAUCAGGGCAAAUCCUCAGUUAUCUGCUUUUAUUGAGCGAUGCGGUCAGAGAUAUCAUGAGUUUAACAUUAAAGCUCCAGCAAACAGACGGCAGGUGACUGAACUCAUAGAGAAGAUCGACAGAUUGGUGUCUGAGAACAGACACUCCUGUUACACACUAGAGAUGAUGCUGGAGACGGAGAGGAGAAGAGAGGAGGAGAAGAGAGCAGAGGAGGACAGGAAAGAGAGAGAACAUCAGAUGUCAUUAGACAAAGUCAGAACAGAGACAGAGGCAUGUGUGAGAAAGGAAUAUGAGCAGGAGAUAGUGGAGAAAGAGAGGAGAGAAGAAGAGGAGAGGAGAGAGAGACGAGAGACAGAAAUGCCUGUAAGUGAAUAUGAGGAUCGAUGUGAAGAGAGAAGAGGCAGUGGGGUCAAACACUUUGUAACUCAGUAUAAGUACAUCAUUCUGGCUUUAGUUGUGGGUGCAGUGAUUUUGUUAAUAAUCAUUCUUGCAGUAAAACUUUCAUCCUGAACUCAACCUUUAAGGAUAGUUCUCUCAAAUAUGAAAAGUUGCUGACAUUUUAGCUGAAACCGUGGUCCUGCUUCAUAUAUAAUCCAAGUCAACAGCUAUCAUCACUUUCAGAAUCAAAAUAAAAACAUGAAUAAAAAGGUUUACUCUGCUGUAAAUACAGUAUCAGCUCACGUGUGAGUUUGCUCUCACACAAACAUCAUUACGCAACAGGAAGCUCGCGCUGCAGUCUGUCGUAAACUGUGCCUUUAACAGAAUGUAGUAAUAUCUGGUGUUUACACUGACCUGCUCCAUUUACAAUAUGCUUUACUACUGAAGCGUUUAUACCUUUUAUUGAUGUUCCACUGUGGAUGUUGUGCUGAGAGAAAAAAAUCAUUGAAAUAUCAUUUCUGAGGUUUGUUGUUGCUAAAAUGAUUUAAUGAUGAAAUGACUAAUGAUUAUGAUGAAAGAAUUAUUAAAUGCAGUUUAAACAUGCAUUUAACAUAUUGAUCUUAUCUAAACGAUAAUGUAACUGAAUAUUAUUUAUUAGUUAUAUUUCCAUUGUAUUACAGAUGCAUGUUUCAUAUUACUAUACCUUUGUUCAUUUUGGAGGGAUAUGAUCAAGAUACGUUCAUGUUAAAUCAGUUGAUGUGAUAUUGAUACUGUACAUGUUCAGGCAUCAGUUCCUUCUCUGUUAAAAUAUUACCAUCAUAACCCAGUACAUAUUUGUGAUGACCAGAAUGACUGUCAUCAGAACUCGCUGUACAUUUGAAGAAAUUAUUAAAGUUUAUGACUGAAAAAAAACAAAAAACAGGUUUAGUAUAUUUCAUUUAUUUGACAAAUUUAUGCUAAAAAUAAAAGUUAAAUAGCCUGUGUAUCCACAUAGGCCUACACAGUGUGUACGCAAAAUUACACUCUCAAAAAGGAUGUGUUAAUUUUGUGUAAAUUUAAAUUGAUCAUGUGUAAAAAGAAAGAGAGAGAGAGAGAGAGAAACCAACACAAUAUGUGUUAUCUAUCAUCCAAUCAGAUUGCUGCCUACAUCACUCCACAAGCUGUUAACCAAAUUCGUGCCUCUUUUUCAUUGGUGGAUGAUGUGUAUGCACACAUGUCAGGUAAAUGGAUUUAUAAUGUAUAUGUAAUAUAUCUGCUUGUUUUACACUCUUUGGCCACCAGGUGGUAUUGUUGUGUGUACUGGGGGUUUUACU